CUAGCUGCAACCUCGGCUGCGGAUGGAGCCUCGCUUCUUCCCGCGGCGCGCGCCGCAUGUCUUUUCGUGCCGGGCUGCAGGGCCGCGCUUCCUAGAAGCCACCCGGCGCGGCGUGGUCGGGACAGGGCUUGCUUUUUCCGGGCCUCAGCUGCCCCCGCCUGUAAAUGGGGAGGGAGGACCGGACGACCUGCGGCGGCCUUGCAGCCUGCGCGCCUUGGGUGUACCUGAGGUGCACCGGUGGCGAAGUCGGCGCCACGUCUGCCCUGGCCCCCAAGAUCGGCCCCUUGGGUCUGUCUCCCAAAAAAGUGGGUGAUGACAUCGCCAAGGCAACUGGUGACUGGAAGGGUCUGAGGAUUACGGUGAAACUGACCAUUCAGAACAGACAGGCUCAGAUUGAGGUGGUGCCUUCUGCCUCUGCCCUGAUCAUCAAAGCCCUCAAGGAGCCACCAAGAGAUAGAAAGAAGCAGAAAAACAUUAAACACAGUGGGAAUAUUACUUUCGAUGAGAUUGUCAACAUUGCCCGACAGAUGCGGCACCGCUCCUUAGCCAGAGAACUUUCCGGAACCAUUAAGGAAAUCCUGGGGACCGCCCAGUCUGUGGGCUGCAAUGUGGACAACCGGCACCCUCAUGACAUUAUAGAUGACAUCAACAACGGUGUUGUGGAGUGCCCAGCUAGCUAAGAAACACAAAAUACUUCAAUAAAAAGAUGAUCUGACAACUGCA